GACGACCCGCCAAAAUCGGUUGGUCCUGGCGGGUUCGGAGCCCGGCGUGGCGGAGGCCAGGGGCCCUCUGGGAACGCUAACCCGCCUCAGGAGUGCGCAGGCGCAGAACUUCUGGCUCGCCAUCGUCGUCUUUGUCUGCUGCACUCAUAUAGCACUGUCAAGCCAGGUUUUAAGGCUCUCACCAUCUGAGUAGGAGAAAAGCCUCUGAGCCAGAUAUUUCAUGAAUCUCCAGGAACUGCGUUCUCUUUAUCUUUGAAAACCUUUGAGGAUUUUAAGAACUAAGCCUGAAUUCUAGCAUGCUGCUUUGCCUCCCAACCAUAAUCGCAGAUUCUGUGUCACUUUGUUUCUUUACAAGUUUAAAGUCACCAGUUAAAACAAAAAGAUCAAUGGAUGAUUGAGAAGAAAUAUAAAGAGUUCUCUAGAAAAGAAUCCAUUUAUCUGUAGAUACCUGGCAACCACCAACGUUGUGGGAAUCCAGCCUAUUCUAAUAAACCUGAGAAGUUUAUAAACAAAUAAAGAUACAACGUGAAAGACUUGAGUGAAGUCUCAUUGUUCUCUGUGAAAAUAUAGACUGAGGAAACAAAAUAGUAUUUCCUUGGAGCACAGCAUUGAUUCUUCAAGACUACACUUCUGUGUAUGGGACUCAGUUUAAGAAAAGUUGAAACAUAAUUUAUGCUUAAAUAUGCAAGAAGCAGUAUAAGAAAGAACCAUUGACUUGGGGUUGUGGCUCAGUUGUAGAGUGCUUGCCUAGCAUGCAUGUGGCACUGGGUUCAAUCCUCAGCAACACAUAAAGAUAAAAUAAAAAUAUUGAAUCCACCUAAAACUUAAAAAAAAAGAACCAUUAAUACAAAGAGAAUGCUAUAUCUCAUCCCUUUUUAUAAUCAUCUCAUCUCAGGAUAUAUCAGUGUGAGAAAAAUCUUCCAUCAUUAACUCAAAUUUGUUAGAUACCUGAGAAUAUUGAAAAGAAAUCACACAAGUUUAGUGAAACGUGGAAAAGCUUUCAUCCUUACUGCAUUUCAGUAGCUACAAGGAAAAAGGGAAACCUAGGAGAAUUGUCCUGUGCAUGACAGGAAUGUUGGAAAGUCUUCAGCCUGAUUCAGAUCUACUUCAGCAUGAUGAAAUUCAUACUGAUCAGAAACCUUAUGAGUGUAAAAAAACCUUUAGCCUGAAAGAAAACUUGAUAGAGCAAAGGAACAUGCAUACUGGAGGAAAAUCACAUGAAUGUACUGAAUGUGGUAAAGUGUUCUCUCGAGUCUCAUCACUUACUCUACAUUUGAAAAGUCAUACAGGAAAGAAAUCCUAUAAGUGUAAUAAGUGUGGAAAAGCCUUUGGCCAAAAGAGAAACUUCCUUUCUCAUCAGAAACAUCAUACUGAAGAGAAAUCUUAUGAAAGUGGGAAAACUUCUGUUAAGAUGCCAAUCCUCAUUAAACACCAGAGAAAUCAUACAGAAAACAAACCAUAUGCAUGUAAGGAAUGUGGCAAAGCUUUUAAUGGAAAGUCAUAUCUCAGCGAGCAUGAGAAAAUUCAUACUGGAGAAAAACCUUUUGAAUGUAAUCAAUGUGGAAGGGCCUUCAGCCAGAAGCAGUACCUCAUUAAACAUCAGAACAUCCAUAGUGGAAAGAAACCCUUUAAAUGUAAUGAAUGUGGGAAAGCCUUUAGCCAGAAGGAAAACCUCAUUAUCCAUCAGAGAAUACAUACUGGAGAGAAACCUUAUGAAUGUAAAGGGUGUGGGAAAGCUUUCAUUCAGAAGUCAAGCCUCAUUAGACACCAGAGAAGUCAUACCGGAGAGAAACCAUACAGUUGUAAGGAAUGUGGAAAAGCCUUCAGUGGCAAAUCAAAUCUCACUGAGCACGAGAAAAUUCAUAUUGGAGAGAAACCCUAUAAAUGUAAUGAAUGUGGAACAAUCUUCAGACAGAAGCAAUACCUCAUUAAACAUCACAAUAUUCAUACCGGAGAGAAACCCUAUGAAUGUAAUAAAUGUGGAAAAGCCUUUUCUCGAAUCACAUCACUUAUUGUACAUGUGAGAAUCCAUACAGGUGAUAAACCAUAUGAAUGUAAAAUAUGUGGGAAAGCCUUCUGUCAAAGCUCGUCUCUUACUGUACAUAUGAGAAGCCACACAGGUGAGAAACCCUAUGGUUGCAAUGAAUGUGGGAAAGCCUUUUCUCAGUUCUCAACUCUUGCUCUACACAUGCGAAUCCAUACUGGUGAAAAACCUUAUCAAUGUAGCGAAUGUGGGAAAGCUUUCAGCCAGAAGUCACAUCACAUUAGACACCAGAGAAUUCAUACUCAUUAAAACUCUAUGAAGGCCUUGGAUGUAGAAAAAACUCCAUCAGAAUUUAUACUUAAUAAUAUCAAAAAACUUAUUUUACAUUAAAGUGACACAAAAUGUGGGAAAUCCUGCAGCAACUCAAAAUACAAAGAUGUUUAAUAAGUAGCAGGGCAAAAAGCUUCCACAAUAAAUAUUAUUGUACUUUUAUGAGCAUUCUUGUUGAGUUAGAAUCCAGUUAUGGAGACCAACUAGCAUGUUUCUGGGAGUCCUAUGAGAUACAUUAAGACAACUAUAUGAGAGAAAAGGAUUUGAAAUUGAGAGACAAUUAUUUUUUUGUUAUGUGCUUUGCUAUAUGUGUACUUUGUAAAACUAAUCAAAGUAUUUGGUGUUGAUGCAAUUGUAGAAAAUUGAGGUUGGGACAGAGUACUGAAUCCAUUAAGCCUGAAUUUGUGGGUAAUUGGUGAUUCAUAAAGGUGGCAUCCCAAAUUUAGGGAUUAUUUUAAAAAUGAUCUCAGGGUAAUUGAUUUCUUCAUUUGGAAAAAUAAGCAACCUCUGUCAUUAUUCAUUAAAAUACUUAUUUAUUAUGAAAUCCAAAACUUGAAUGCUGGAAUGCAAAAAGCAAAACAAUAAUAUAAAUUUUAUACAAGAGUGUUUUUAAAACCUUAGGGUAGGAAAGAAUUUCUAAAUUAUAUUCCAGAAGACUCAACAAUUCUACUUUUAAAUAUAUAUACAUAUACCCAAAACACAUGGACACAGGGAGUAUACGUGUCUGUUCAUUGCAGCAUGAAAAAUGGUAGCCAAAAAUUGGAAACAGAUGUCUGUUGCUUGUGAAAUACAUAUAUAAAAUGUGAUAGUCAUAGAGUAGAAUACUCUCUAGCAGUCAAGUACAAAUUAAAUUUGUAUGUAUAUUAACAGUGAAAGAUAUGAAAAAUCAUACAGAAUGAAGAAAACCGAAGUGAUGAAUAUAUUGUAGAGAUAUCCUUGUGAAUCUAAAUAAAAUCAACACUAACCAACCCCUGUA